AUGAAGCUCCGCGUACGGCUGCAGAGGCAGACGGCUUCGUUGGAGUUGCCGGAGGCGGAGCCGCAGCUGGGGGAUUUGCGUGCGCGCCUCGGCCAAACCCUCUUGCCCGCUUGGGGUUACAGUUCUGACAUCAAGUUUGCAAUAACAUUGAACAACAAAGAUUCCCUUACUGGAGAUGAGGAAACCCUAGCAUCAUUUGGGAUUGUUUCAGGAGACUUGAUAUGUUUGAUAGUGGAAGAUACUGAGACAGAAUUAAGAGUAUUUCCAACUCACACUUCAUCCCUGCAUCCACAACAGAAUAAUCAUGAACCAUCAACUUCAGCCAUUUGUCACAACCAGUCUAAAAUUCUAGAUAGUGAAAGACACAAUGGACAUCUUCUAGACCGUACAGUUCAAGAUAAUGUUCAGAUGAAUACAGACAAUACGGCAGAAUCCAGCCAAGCAUUUGCUUCAGAAGCUGUAUCUGAUGACUUUGACUUCCAAGAAGCUUCUGGUUCUUAUCCUUCAGAGCCAAUGCUUUGCUCUGAAGCUACGGAUGGACAAGUACCACACUCACUUCAGACCCUCUACCAUUCUGCAGAAUGUACCAGUGCCAAUGAUGCCUUGAUAGUUUUGAUCCAUCUUAUCAUGAUGGAAACAGGAUAUAUACCUCAAGGAACAGAGUCAAAGGCAACAAGAAUGCCUGACAAAUGGCGGAACAGAGGUGUUUAUAAGCUACAGUAUGCCCAUCCCCUCUGUGAAAAUGGCAUUGCUGUCCUUACUUGUGUGCCUUUGGGAGACCUUAUUGUUAUCAAUGCAAUGCUGAAGAUUGACAUUGAUAUCAAAAGUGUGAAGAGACUACAACUUCUGCCAGCUACAUUUAUCUGCUUUGAAAACUCAGGAAAUGUUGCAGGUGUGUAUAAGGACCUUCAGAAGCUCUCUUGUCUCUUUAAAGAUCGGCUGGUAUACCCUCUUCUAGCUGCUGCUCGGCAAGCAUUAAAUCUACCAGAUGUGUUUGGCCUGGUGGUUCUUCCAUUGGAGCUGAAACUCCGAAUUUUCCGGCUCUUGGACUUUCGCUCAUUAAUUUCUUUGUCUGCUGUUUGUCAUGAUCUUUAUGCUGCUUCGAAUGAUCAGUUAUUGUGGAGGUUCAUAUACUUGCGAGAUUUUAGAGAUCCUGUUGCCAGAUCUCGAGACACGGAUUGGAAAGAACUGUACAAGAAAAAAUUGAAGCAGAAGAAAGACGCACUGAAGUGGAGACACAUGAUGUUUCUGCCCCCUCCUCCCCUCCCUGUGCCAUUUCAUCCCAGUCCACUGUAUCCCAAUCCUUUUUGUCCUAAUCCACUUUAUCCCCCCAAUAUCAUUGGUGGUGAAUUUGAUGAGAGGCCAGCAGUCCCUUCCAUUGGUGAUCCAAUAAGCUCCCUCUUUCCUGGCCCUGCUGAGCUUCCAAGUCAAUAUCUUCCUAUUUCCCCACACUUAGAUCCAUUCUUCACUUUACCAUAUUUUGAUCCUUUGGUGUCAUUUCAAGAACCCAAUCCAACUCUCCCAGGAAGAGCCAGUCGGAGCCGCCCAGUUGAUAGCCGCCGUGCAUUCAUAUGAGAACUCUUUCAGCCUUAUUGAUAAAGUUUUAAACCUCUCUUUGUGGGCUUACUUUAAAACUGUACGGUAACAUACUUCAGCUUCAGAGCUAUGAUGUCUGCUGUUUUAAAAUUAUGACAGUGCAUAAGUACUACCGCAUCUUGAUUCCAUAGACUUGGGCCCAACAGUUCAGUGCAAACAAGUUGGCCUGCCUCCCUUGGAAAUGCAGAUCCUUUUUGCAAGCAUAUUGUGGGACACUAUUCUUUUCAUUUACAGUGGCAGGCUCCUUCUUAGAAACGAAAAGGUUUGCUUUUGUUGCAUCAGAUAAAAAGCACUUUAAAAUAUAAACUAAGUUGGUCUGGGUUGUUUUAAUUUUUAAAUCUGUCAUUUAAAUAUUUGUGCUAUGUUCUUUUCUUCCAGUAAUUAGCCUGACUAAAUGCUUUUUCCAUGAAAAGAUUUUCUGUUCUAUGCAAUAUCUGGCAUUUGGAAGGCUACAAAAACCACCUGAUUUGAUUGUUCUUUGGACACUUCAUAUAUUUUCUUUAUUACUUGAAAAGCAAUGUUGGUAUUGGGGAUUUCAAAGCACAAAGAAUAUUGAGUUAAAAUGAUUUUUUUUACAUAUGAGAGAAUAAGACAUUGAACUGUUCACCUUACAAACAGUUGAAUAAUAACAUGCUAUAGUAUAACCCAGAAGAUGAGAAAUGGUGAAUGUCAGAAGCUCUGGCAAAAAGUUGCUGCCUUUCUAUUUCAUUUUUUUUUUGUAGUAAAUUUCAACAGAAAGUACCCUAAGUACUUUAUGAAAUACAAUGACAGGGCCAUCUGUACAUUUAAAUAAACAUUGCUUAAUUGUUUUUAACAUUUUUCAGCCAACUAAGUUGGGUUAACAUUCCUAGUUACUUUUAAAUGUAUAAUUACAAGACGUGCAAUUCUUAGGGAUAAGAAGACAUAACUGUCUAGUUGAUCAGUUGAUAAGUGAUAGGUCUUAUUAGAAAGUAAUCUAAGGUUGAACACACACAAUAUAACCAUGGAUGAUUCUCCAUUGAUGGCUUCUCAAGGGAAAAUGUAUUAUCUUUGCUAUUCCGAAUUUUUCUCUGUAUCGUAUUUUCAGAUUUAUUUAAAAAAACAAAAAGAGUUACUUAAGUGAACUGAUUUUGAUGUGUCAGUUUUGUAUCAUCCUAAAUUUCAAUUUGAUGAGAGAUUGAACACAAUACUAAACAAUGAGAAUUCCAUAGGUGGCUGUUACGUCUUACAGCUCAAAUUCUAAAUUUCAUGGUUUUACAUUAAUGAGCUCACAUAUUAAGAACUUAAAGAUGUGAUUGUACUAUAUUUAGAAUAUAUAGUACUUUAUAUGUAGAGUAUUAUAAAGAUGUGUUUAUUUACUAUCACAAGGAUUGUUCAGUAUUUGUGACCACUGA